AUCUGCCUUCGCGUGUACUCUUAUAUGUUGCACGCCCGAGACGAUCGAUGCGCGCUAACGGUGCCGGCACGGUCGGUGCAAUGCCGAUGGAUAUCGUCACCAAGCGGGACAAGGAGGGGCGGUGCAUUGGUGGCGGCGAUGGCGAGCAGUUUCCACAGCUGCUCGACUCGCCGCUCCCCACGCCGCGCCGGUCGUGCGCGUCGGCUGACGCGGCCAGCGUGCGGUGCCGCCGCGAGGCCUCGCCGCUGCGCACGCAAGUGCCGUUUUCCUGGGAGAGCUCCCCUGGGGUGCCCAAGAGGAGCAGCGCGUGCGUGCACAGGGCGCAGGAGAUCAUGCCGCCGCCGAAGCCGCCGCCGGGGCGCUGGCCGCCGUGCCCCGCCAGGAACUGGUGCGGCUACGGCAACUCGAGCGAGGCGAGCAGCGACGACGACGACACGUCCUUCUCCGACGCCCUGGACAGGAUCUCCUCGCCCGAUCAGCGGGUCGGCUCGUUCGACCGGAUCACGUCCAAGCGGUUCGAGGACAUCUUCCUCGGCCGCGUCACAAGCUUCGUCAAUGACCGGUCCUCCCGCCACGCACCAGCAGAGGCCUCCCUCGCCACGUCGUCGUCGUCCUCGGGCAGAGCCCAGAAAUACUGGCGGCGGCGCAGCACGCGUCGCGACCACGACAGGCAGCAGCCGACGGCCCGGCAAAGCCACGAUCACCCCGUCCAAGUGCAACUCUUGCCGCGCAUCAACAUCAACGGCCGCGUCGAGCAGAUGUCCCCGAGAGCCUGCGGGCUCAUGGUGUUCUUCCCGUGGAGCGCAAAGCCCGCGGUCUGCGGGUUCAGGAGCCAACCGCCUGCGCAGUACGCGCCGUCCCCGCUCGCCGGCGCCAGCAACAACCCUUCGCCCUCCCACAGCCGCAGGUUCACCACCCUACGCGACGCCAUGGAGGAGGAGAACAAGACCAGCAGCAGCGUGGAGCGAGACUUGCCGCGGCCGCGCGGCGAGAAGAGGAGCCGUGAGGAAUGGCAGGGCAGCCGUGGAUGGGGCGUCUCGUCGCUGCUCGGCGCGAGCAAGAAGUACUGCACCGACGCACGGAAGGCUCUGAGCAAGCUGUCCAUCGGGCUAGGGACGGACAGUGGCAAUAGUAGCCCGAGAGUUGGCAGCAGGGACAGAGAGAGGAAGAGCAGCAAGCAGGACAGCUCGUCGGCGAUGCCGGCCAGGGCCAUGGCCCCCAACCUGACGCAGCUCAAGACUAGCAGGAGCUAAGUGUAAAUAUGCAUUUUAUGUAGGAUUGCUCUCAUCUCCUGGCAACUAGAAUAAAUCAGAUAUAUGCCUAUAUACAUGCUAAUUGUGGUGCUAUGCCUAUAAACAUGCUAAUCAUGGUCUUAAGGUAUUUAUCUUUUUAACUUGUACUUAUAAUGUGCUCGUUUUAGGGCUGCAAUGGACGUGUUGUGUUUACUAUGGUGAUCUAGGGAGGAAUUUGUGUUUCUAUGUGUAAAGUUCAGAGU